GAGCUAUAUGGCAGCUAGCUAGCUAACAUAUUGAAAAAAAAAAUAUUUUUCCUCAUUUCAUAUCUAGUGACAAAGUUACUUCUUUUAGGGAAAGAAAAAAGAAAUGGCAGACAAGUUAGAUAACAAGAUUCUAAUUAGGGAAUACAAUGAAGACAGAGAUAUUAAAGUGGUGGGGAAGCUUGAGAAGAAUUGUGAGAUAAGGUCUAAUAAGGAGGUCUCAAUUUUCACCCACAUGAUGGGUGACCCCUUGUGUAGGAUUAGGUUUUACCCUGUUCAUAUUAUGCUGGUUGCGGAGCUGCGUGAAAAUGGGGAACUUGUCGGUGUGGUUAGAGGAUGCAUCAAGUGUGUGGGGACUAGAUUCUCCGCAACAUAUGUGAGGUUGGGUUGCAUUCUUGGCCUCAGAGUCUCCCCAAAGCAUCGACGGAUGGGGAUUGGGUUAAAACUUGUCAAGUCAGUUGAAGAAUGGCUUGUGGGCAAUGGAGCACAUUACUUUUUUUUAGCCACUGAAAAGAACAAUGUAGCCUCUACAAAUCUCUUCACUUCCAAGUGCAAUUACAUUAACUUUGGUUCACUGGUCAUAUUUGUUCAACAAGCCAGUCUCCCUGUAAAGAGUUUGUCUGAAGAUAUUAAGAUAGAAAAGCUCCAAAUAGAUCAAGCAAUUUCUUUAUACAAUAACAAGCUAAGGGGAAAAGAUAUAUAUCCAACGGAUAUUGAUGCUCUACUGAAGGAAAAGCUAAGUCUUGGUACAUGGGUAUCUUAUUUUAAAGAAGACGAAUGGAUAAUCUUGCACAACAAUGAGAAGAAUCAUGAAGAUGAAGACAUCCUUAGUAAAACUCCAAGUUCUUGGGUUAUUUUUAGCAUAUGGAAUUCUUGUGAGGCAUACAAGCUUCACAUUCGAAAGUCUCAUCAUCCACUUAAGUUUUUCCAUGCAACUUUAAGUCACGCAAGAGACAAGAUUCUUCCUUGCCUUAAGUUACCAAUAUGCGACUCACUGCAAAAACCAUUUGGUUUCCUGUUUCUGUACGGGCUAUAUGGAGAGGGAGCAAGACUGCAGGAGCUAAUGAGAGCUAUAUGGAUAUUCACAUCAAGAAUGGCAGAAAAUGUUAAGGACUGCAAAGUGAUUACUACUGAGCUAGGAGUCACUGAUCCUCUAAUGCAGUAUGUGCCACAUGAACCCUCCAUGUCAUUCAUUGAUGAUCUUUGGUAUUUGAAGAAAGUCAAUGGCAUCACUACAGGUAGCAAUGAUGAACUUAUGGCGAUGGGCCAAGCAGGGAAUUUAUUUGUUGAUCCAAGAGAUUUUUAGGUUUGCUAGCUUGUCUGUGCUUAAUUUUGUGCCCUAAACUAUUUUUAAAAGCAUUUAAUUGCAUAGUAGAGUAUAAUAAUAUAUGGAUUUUUAGUUCA